AUUAAAGAUGAAGAGGAAGAGAAAUCGGUUUCUCUUAGCCGACUCAGAUUAAGUCUGAGGAGGGUAACAUCAACAGUGAGGACAGACUCAGCCUGCCUUUCUCCUUCCACAGUGAGUCCAAACCUACAUUCACUGGGUCCUGAUUGUGACAGUGGAGCCCAGUAUGCACUGCAGGAUCCAGAGAUGGCAUCAGUGAAGCUGGAAGACUGCAGUCAAACACUGGAGCUGAAUGUUAACAUUAAAGAUGAAGACGAUAAGAUUGGGAUAUCUCUUUCUCAUGGAGACCAUGUUGAGACAUUCUCUACAUCCAGAGAGCAACAGCAGGAAGAUCACAGAGCUAAGAGGUCUCACCACUGCCCACAUUGUGAGGAGAAUUUUUCAAUUCUAUCAAAGCUAAAGUUACAUGUAAAAAUACACACAGGAGAGAAUCUGUAUUCCUGUACUGACUGUGGGAAGAAUUUCACAACAUCAAAGGCUCUGACAGUUCAUCAGAGAGUGCACAGAGGAGAGAAGCCUUACUCCUGCUCUGACUGUGGGGCGAGUUUCUCUCAAAUGGGCACCUUAAAAAGACACAAACGUAUACACACAGGAGAGAAGCCUUACUCCUGCUCUGACUGUGGAAAGAGUUUCUCUCAACUGGGCGACUUAAAAACACAUGAACGUAUACAUACAGGAGAGAAGCCUUACUCAUGCUCUGACUGUGAAAAAUGCUUCAAAAGAUCAACUGCUCUAAAAGUUCAUCAGAGAAAUCACACAGGAGAAAAGCCUUACUCCUGCUCUGACUGUGGAAAGAGUUUCUCUCAACUGGGCGACUUAAAAACACAUGAACGUGUACAUACAGGAGAGAAGCCUUACUCCUGCUCUGACUGUGAAAAAUGCUUCAAAACAUCAACUGAGCAAAAAGUUCAUCAGAGAACACACACAGGAGAGAAGCCUUACUCCUGCUCUGACUGUGGAAAGAGGUUCUCUCAACUGGGGGACUUAAAAACACAUGAACGUAUACACACAGGACUGAAGCCUUACUCCUGCUCUGACUGCGGAAAAAGUUUCUCUCAACUGGGUCACUUAAAAACACAUGAACGUAUACAUACAGGAAUGAAGCCGUACUCCUGCUCUGACUGUGGAAAGAGUUUCUCUCAACUGGACAACUUAAAAAGACAUGAACGUGUACAUACAGGAGUGAAGCCUUACUCCUGCUCUGACUGUGUAAAGAGUUUCUCUAAACUGGACAACUUAAAAAGACAUGAACGUAUACAUACAGGAGUGAAGCCUUAAUCCUGCUCUGAUUGUGUAAAAUGCUUCACAACAUCAACUGUGCUAACAGUUCAUCAGAGAACACACACAGGAGAGAAGCCUUACUCCUGCUCUUAAUGUGGCAAGUUUCUCCCGAUUGAGCAAUGUAAAGACACACCAACUGAUACACACUUGAGAGAAGCCUUAUCACUGCACUGACUGUGAGAAGAGAUUCUACAGAUUGUGCCAUUUUAAAAAACACCAAUGUAUACAUAAAGGAGAGAAGCCUCAUCAGUUCUCUCAGACCAGCUAAGAUUAGUCACUCCACAUAAUUCUCAUGUCAUUAAAUAAUUGGCAACAUUGAAUUGGA